AGAGAGAGAGAGAGAGAGUUGAGUUACAUUCUGGUUUUCCACCCUUACUACAAUAGUAGUACUACCAGUAACCUAGCCUGCCAAACCUGACACACACACACACACACACACACACACACACACACACAUGUUAUGUUUUGUUAAUAACAGGGAUGGCGACUCUACAUUCCACCGGUCCAAAAUGGUCAGGGCCUUGUAUCGAUUCCACAUUUCUCAAGAAUCUAGGUAGAAGAUGCUCUACAAUAUAAAAUGUGUUUUUCCCCUUAAAACCCCUUUACUUACUUUAUUGAAGGUAAUGGAUUUUCUGUUCAUGUUUUGUCAAGCUAGUUCAUAUAUAUUUCAAGAGCGAGAGUAUCAAGACGCGAGCCAAUGAAUAACCUAUUUUGGUGUUUGGAAAAGGUGCUCAUUGAUCGCUCCCAUGGCCUCGCUCUAAUAGUUCUUCUUUGACAUAAUCAGCUUAACUUCCUCACAGAACUUUCCCAUGCCGUCUCAUAACUUAGAUGAUAAUGUAAGUUCACGCACAUGUAUGCAUAUUUUCACUGUUCAGGAUGUUAGAAACAAGGAAAACACUCGAUUUGCCGUUUCCAAAAAUUGAGUACAGAAACAGAUUUAAAGUAUUAAUAUAAGCAGAUGAGUGAAUAAUUUGUUCCGUUUUGGUCAUACAUGUCGAUAUCGCCGCUGUCCCUUCAUGUCAGCGGAGACAUGAAGGGCUAGCUGCCUUUCACUAUUUAAGUACGUGAGCCAUACGCACUCCACUACAUUAUUCGAAUCGGUCAUGAGUUGCGAAUGGAAUAAUCUUGAGCAGUGACAUUGCAGUGUAAGCAUUGCACAAGCACUAGUGACAAAAAUGUAGAAAUACCAAGAAAUAUUGUAGUUACAUAUGCUUAGACUGUUGUUUCACUUCAACGUACGGCGCCGUGCGUUGAAGGUUUAUUGCCGCGUUAUAUAAGUAAGCGUGGAGCUGGGUUAUGUAAUAUGCCGUGCAAGAGUUGACUGGGUCCACCUCUCUCCAUCGGCGACCCUCCACCUCCCACCGCGGAUGCCACAGUGUGUCAUACUGAACAUUAAUUUCGCCACAUUUAUUCGAUGUAAUUUAUUGGGGAACAACAACUAUUUUUUAAUAUUACCUUGUUUCAAUAUCAAGCGUGAGGAUACUGCAAACGAUUUCCUCAUUUUAGCAUGAGUUAAAUUUGAAAAAAAAAAAAAAUUGUUUUGAGUCGGUAAGUUCUGUCCGGGACGGAGCCGCCGAGCGUGUUGCUGAGCAGACGAGAACACUUGAACGUGGAAACUCAGCCAGGGAGGAUGCCAACUACACGCAGCAGUGGUGGUAGAAGGAAGGAGCCUACUCUUAGAGUGGAGCCACCCACCAAAAGGCAACGGAAAGCACCUGUGAGAGCCAGGAAAGCAGAGCCAGUGAAAGAGCCAGAGCCAGAAAUCGUUGAAGAGCAGGAAGAAGCAGAGCCAGUACCCCCUCCUGUAGAAGAGAAGAAAGAGAAUGGCCAGACUAAUGGUGAUGCUCAUGAAGAAGAGGCAGAGGAGGAAGAGGAGAAGGAGGAGUCAAAGACUGAAGAGAAUGGUGUAGCUGCUGAGGAAGUAGAAGAAAAAGAAGAGGAGGAGCAAAAGGAUGAGGAGCCUAUAGAAGAAGAGGAACCUGCUAAGGAGGAAGAAGAAACAAAAGAGAAGGAAAAUAAUGAAGAGGCAGCAACAGAAGAAGAGGAAAAAGUAGCAGAAGAGCCAAAAGAAGAGGAAGCACCCAAAGAAGAAACGGUCCCAGAAGAAAAGGAAAAUGAGCCAGAAGCCCCUGCUGAGGUGGAACCUGAAGCUCCCCCUGCUCCAGCACCCACCAAAGGCAGACGUGGCCGGAAGCCGAAGAAGGUGUCUGUUGAGCACUGAUCACGGUAAUCUUCGAGGAUGGGGAGUCUGUCUUGGUGUGGUCAGGCCUCAAGAAGGGACCACCACGCAGGCUCAAGUUUCCAGAGGCAUCAAAUGUUCUCACCAGCAUUGAGGAACUUCUGUAAACAACUACCAGGAAGAGGACAAUGAUUUAUCAACACUCUGCUAGGAAUGCCUCAUCUCUUACUUUAGCAUUUUUCCCUGUAGUAUGUUAUCAAUAUUUUUCCCUUUGUCUGUUAUUUUCUCUUUUCAUUAGAUUAAUGGAAAACCAAACUAUGGUUACAUGAGUUGCUUGUCUUAUGGAGCUUUGAAACAAGUGGCAAUUAACAUGGACUGUGUGCGGUAACUUAUGUCUGGAUCAGCUCAGGUGUGAAGUAGCAAAAAAAUGGCUGGGAUGGUUUGCCACUAAUAUGUAAGUAUGAACCUAUUGAAGGUUACCUGCUACCACCAUCUUUGCUUACUGUAGUUAUACAUAUCCAAGGAAGUGGCUGGUUUUUGGGAUAUAUUUUCCAGUAUCUCAUUAUAUUUAUAAGUUAGUAUUUGGCUGAUGAGUAUCUAGGGCUGUGAAACUUGUAAUGAAAGUUAUAUAAUCUUGAAAUAGAAUAACUCUGAGCAUAAGUUAAGCUUUGAGAAUGUUUUCUUUUAGCAACAGGCAAGAGGUUAGUAUCCAGAAAAUAAACUUUAAUGUAAAUAUCAUAAUGUGUCUCAUCUAUGUACUCAGAUUCUUUUCAGCUGACACUUUUUUGACAGUUGUGGUCACCAGGAGUCUAACAUAUCACAAAAGAAACAUUUCACAAUUUCUUAGCCUAGUUGACAGAGGUUAUCCUGUAGAGCCGCAGUUUUCCUGUUUUCAUCUAAAACACUGAGCUUACCUUUCAUGAUGAUGCUGCGUUAAUGAUGUCUGCAGUAUUCAAGCUCAUUUCUUAUAUGAACAAAGAUCUUAGAUAUUUGUUUUUCUUUCCCUAUUAAUUUUUUUGACUUCCAGUUAAUGGACACAUCUUUGCCAACCUCUGUAAUGUGCAUGAGAAUUACUGCUAAAUUCCUUGUGAUUGGUUACUUGAGGUUACAUGUAAGUGUCCAUACUGUAAUUGGUGAGUGCCACCACCUGGUAUGGUAUUUGUCCUCAUCUUGAAAAAAAUCUGACAGUGAUGAGUAGAAAGGGCCUCUCCAAUUCUUGUAGUGUGUUGCUUGCUAAUGCCCAAUAGUGAUAGGUGGCCUGAAGAAACACUGAAGGUGACUGCAGUUGACCUAUUGCCUUAUCUGUUAUUAUUUAUUACUGGUAUUCAUCAAACUAAACAAUCCAAUAGCCGAAUUAAUAUUUCUUGUUAUUUUUCUUUUUUCAUAUUAAACCUAAUUUUAGUUCAUUUGAUAAGGGUAAUAAAUUUUAUGUCAUUAUAUCAGUGCCUUGAAAAAAAAAAAUAUCAAUGCCUUGAAAUCUGAUCCAGUUUGGUUCCUGAGAUUGGUUUCUUUUACAUUGCAGUCCAUUAUUCCUGUAGUUUUUUCAUGAAAGAUUAAUUUAUUUCUGUGCAUCGGUUUUCCUAAGCAGAGUGUCAUGAAAGGAUAAUCGCCUGUGGCAGGCAAGGGACUUAGCUCUGCUGGGUGCUCCUACAAUGAAGGUCUACGGUCAAAGCUUUGCUCCCCAAAGACUGGAAACUUUGGAGCACCCAGGCAUGGGGCUUAGUGGCCAGAGCCUCCUCCAGAUGAUGCACCACUAAGUCACUUAGUUUUGUAUCCCUGGUACUUUUUGUCUAAUGUACAAAGUUUGUAGGUGCUGGCAGUGGUGCUGGACAAGUGUCACCCACUGUGCCUUGUGCUGUGCCUCUAGCCAGGACCAAUGAACACAGACUCUCCAAACAGAUACUGAUGUAAGUUAAGAGAAUCUUAGGUAGUGUUUUUUUUAUCCCAUAUGUUUUCCUAUGUGAUGAGUAGUUUUUGUAGAGUCUUGUAAGUAUACAAAUAACAUUUUAUUUUUGGUCUUUUAAGAAUUUCAUUAUGUGAAAACUUUUCUCCACAAAGUGGUGCUUAGUUCACUGUAAUUAUAAUGCUAUGUUACCAGAGAACAGAAUAGUUUCCUCACAUCUUACUUUUACCUUUAGGUAUAUAUUUGUAGAAGAAAAUAGCAAGUUAUAGAUGUGUUAAACUUGUGUUUGUAAGAAGGAAUCAAAUUGUAAAUUUAUAUUUUUUAAGCUGCAGAUUGUUCAGAUUCAUGUUUCUCUUUGGUCACCAAAGAAUAUUAUCUUGAGUUAGUGUUAGUGAUAUUUUGAAAUUAAAGUGAAAUUACACUGUUGCAGUGAUUUUCUAAAAUUAGAAAUUUGUGAAUUAUUGAGAUUAAAGAAAAAGCAUA